CAGGGAUACUAAAGAGAUGCUUUGACAAUUACUGGAAAUGUUAAUUUGACAUUAUGAAAAAUUAAACAUAUCAAAAGAACGAUGCUUGUAGUAUACUGAAUGCAGCAUAAAAAUCAAAAUAUAUACUUACUGAUCGAUAGAACCAACACUAAACAUCAUACAAAACUCUAGGGUUUUAAAAGUGCAAAAAACCGUUUGUUAUUUUGGUAUUUUAAAAUCAGUGCAAGAGUGGGGAUUAGAAAGUACCCGUUUGGAUAAAUCGUAAAAUAGGUGUUGCCAGGCCUUACGAUUUAUCACGAGACUUAAGAAGAACAUAUGCAAAAGGCAAAACUUCGGAUCCUCCGAUAGAAGCUGUACAGGAUAGGAGAUAUUUAGGGGUUAGCGGUAACUCGUAGAUUCUGGAACAGUGUAAAAGUUGUUCAAAACCUUGGUAAGAAGAGGACAUUUGAGAUCUUCAAGGAAACUAAGAAGAUUGAAGAAGAUGGUGGCAUGCUUAUUAUGAACCAAACAAGAAGAAGAACUCCAGGUGGUGUUUUCUUAUAUUUGGUCAGAAAUGACUACCACAUUACUCCAGAGCAGAAACGUAAUAUUUUUGGAGAAGAUAGGAAGAAAAAUAACCGUGCAGCCAAAGAGAGGCAAAAAGAAAUGCUGAAAAAAGUCAAGAUGCAAAAUGAAGCUGCAAAGGCCAAUCUCCUUCCGGACCUACUGAGCCGUGGCGACCUUUUCGCCGCAAAAGAUGGCGCAAGUCAUCGCCUGAAGGAGACCGAUGAGAACGACAGCGGUUUCAACAAUCCUCCCCCUACUCCCGAGACAGAUGCCAAUGAGAACAGCAACGAUGGGGUUGAUGCCUCGCCUUCCGCGUCGCUGGCAGAACACGUGGUGCAUGAGAUGGAGGACAAGAGAGGGAAACUCAACUCCUAUGAUGAUGACUUCCUCGAUAUCAGCGGUUCGGCCGAAAUGGAUUUGUUUUAAAAGUGAAGUAAUGUACAUUUUAUUAUCUUCUCUAGCAAAUGAUCAUGCAUACAAUAAAUAGGAAGCUGAUUUAAUUUUCGGAAACUUUUUUUCUAUGACUGAAUAAAAUGUUCUUAUGGGCUCAACGCACUUUGGGCACAUCAUCAUCUUCGAUUUUUAUUAGUUGAAGCCAGUUAGACUCAGAUUUCAUAGCAUUUUAUCUACCCUGAUAAACACCUGAAUCAAAUGGGAGUUUAUAUCAAAGUCUUUUGAUAGAUAAAGGUUGUCUGUUUGCUGAGUAUGCUAAAUGAAUAUUACAGGAAAUAAACAUCGGGGGUAUAUUAUUAAAACAAAUGCAUUGUUUCGAUUCGUUUACUCAAAAUGAAAAGAAGAAGGAUAUCCUAAUGGGAUAGAAACCAAUCUUGGCAUUAAUGGCAAAAAUAGCUGCCAGUUCCUUCAUAGGCGGUGCAGUCCUCAUGCGCCCAACUUUUCAACUGAUUACACUGACUCCUGUUUUGCUGGAGUCUGCAAACUCAGAAGAAAUUUUCGUUUUCUUGUUAUUCACCUUUUUAAAUUUUAUAGCUAUAUCUGCCUUGACGGGUGUAUAUGUUAACAUCUCCGAUUUUUGCCUUUUGUGUUUGCGACCUGUUUUAGGAGUAGCCAUAACUGAUGGUAAGGGUCUAAUUUGCAAUGGUGUAAGAUUCACAGAUUUUGGAUGUGCUUUUUCUAAAUUAGCUGAUCCUUGCUCCGGUACAUCAUUGGACAAGGUGAAAGCAGUCACAGAUGUAGAAAACACCUCAGUCAUAGUUGUGCGUUGGUAGGGUGCCAAAGAUUCAGUUAUUGCAUCUAUAGGGACAGCAGAUGCAAUUUCGGGUGAAAGAAGAGUCCAGUUUACUACCGGAGAAUCAUAUGAAGGGCCAUUGGCCAAAAGACGAUCUGUAAUACUCGAAUGAGCGUAAUCUUCUUCUCCAAACACAUUUGGGUCAUAGGGCAAUAUUCCUGAUUUUUUAAAUCUGUUGACUGCGUUCUGAACCGAAACACUUUUGGCGUACGCUGCUCCAAAUAGUUUUGCAACAUCAUCCAGCUGCAUUACAGCAGCAUAUGACAGUGGUUAAUUGGCCUCUUUCCGCGCUGCAUAUUACUCUAGACAAUAUGUUGGGUGGUUUUGUUGUCCUGCUCUUAAGUCCUGUAUCGUCCAUAUUAUAUAUUGUUGUUGCAUCAAAGUUGUAUUUUUCUACCAGGUUCCAAUAGUUAGUAUAAAACAAUUCCACCUGUGGUUUGUUGAAGCCUCUUGUUCUUGCUAACGAAGUUGGCUUCGGCGCUCUUAGUACAAUCUCUUUGUGUCGGCGUUUGAAACCCGAAAACAGGUUGUCCCCAGCUUUUCCAUUUUUAAAUGGGUGAGAAAUAUUAUUUUUUGAGACAUAAUUAAAACCCAGUUUUAAAAAAUCUGAACGGGAAAGCCCAAAAACUAUCUAAUUUUUUAAGAUAGGCGCUUAACUCUUCUUGUUCUUUACUAAAAACUACCCAAUUUCUUCGAUUUAUGUCCAGACUUAACGUGUCUCUGCAAAGUUGUAAAUGGAAUACCAAAUUUCUUGUUGAAUUAAUGGACUGCUUGUCAUCUUUUACAGCUUUCAUUGCCCUCUCUAGUGCUGACCAUGCUGCUCAAUCACUUUUACGUGUGUAUUUAACACCAUCUAAAAUAAAGUAAAAUAUUUUAUUCAUAUGUUAUCAAUAGUUGUAAGUUAAUCUAAAAUAUAUAAGUACCAGUUAGAUAUAAAUUAAAUAUAAAUUUAGCUGAAGUGGGCAUAAUAUACUAAAAUGAGGCUUAUUUUAGAUGAACUAGAUUAAAGUACCACAUACGGGUAAAACGGAUAGCCUAACCGGUUUACCCUUAUCCGUUUUGCCCUGUGUAUCAAUACUUACAACAAGUGAUGACACUUGAAACAUUGUAUCUAUGUAAAUAAAAAACAGUAAUCACAAAUCACACUCAUUUAAACUAGCAAAACUAAUGUAUAAGUAACUAAUUGCUAGUAUAAAAAGUUAGUGUACAAACCUUUGCAAAACAUUUUUUUCAUCUCCACAACACAUACGCGCGCUUAUCGUUUUGGAUGAACCGUUAUGGCUUAUACAACGUAUAGCAAUGCCAUCUCUUAUCGAUUUUUAGAAAAAAAAACGAUUACAUAUUCUUUUUACCCGCCCUAUGCUUCUUGCUUGGGUUUACUCUAACUGUGGCAAGCUUCGGAAGUAGACCACCUCAGUUGAACAUGCUUCCAGUAGCGUAUUUGAAGAUUCAGCGCCCUUGGCCUAUAAGUUUUACCGCCUUGCCUUGUGAAGGAACAGAAAACAGCCCUGAGCCAUGUCCCUUUUGGCCUUAGGGUAAAUACGUCACUGCACCCUUGGCUGUUGCGAAUUUGAUAUAAACAUCUUUUUGAAUAUAGGUUUUUUUCAGAAUAUAUGUUAUUAUUAUGGGAUCUGGAUUUAACUAGUUUUAAACAUUUAAAAGUUCGAGGAGACUGAUAGUGGACCCAUAACGACUUCUUGAUCCGCGAUGUUGAAAUGACUAAAAUGGCACGUUAUUAGGAAAAUUAUCCGUGUGUGUGAUUAUUUGAUUCAGAAACCAUUUUGUGAUAGAUUUUUAAGGUGAACAUUUAAAUUAAGUGUGUACUCAUUUUGAAAAGUUAGUUAUCCGACAGCUUAAGUAAAAUUCAUGCUAAGAUGGUGUGGAUUUAAGAUAUGGCAAAUCAUUGUUGGUGUUAUAUCAGCAGAAAUAAAGCAAAUUGAAUAUGAACUGCUAGACUUGAACAGCCAAUCACAUCGUUUAUCGGACUUUCACUUGUCUAAAUUCAUGCGGUUUGAACUGUAAUGUAGUCUUGAACUUGCUUGUCAUGGUGCUUCAAAGUUCAUAGAGUUCGGAUGAAAGGUGCGGGCUCUGUGGCUCAGGUGACGGGGUAUUCUAAAAUAAACGUUGAAAUGUGGCAUCUCAGCUCAAGGAUAAGGAAAAAGAUGGUACAGUGGGGGCAGCUCAGCAGCUAUGUACGUGUAUGUAAUGUGUGUUUCAAAUUCGAACCUCGCCUUUGAGAUCUCGGAAUCCGUAAAACGUAACGUAAAAUGUUAUACAAUCAGUAUUGUAGUCCAUACCAACAGUGGAUUUCUUCCCAACAUUAUGCAUCAAUAAUUACUAAUUUCUUCGUAACAUUAUGCAUCAGUAAUUACUAACGUCCAGGCUACACAGUCAAUAUAUGUCACAUCUCAUGAUAAUUUGUCGAGGAAUACUAUAUAUAAAUGAAAUGCGAAUAGAAAGGAAGAUAUCACGAAUGUAGAUAUGUUUUGUGGGACUUCCACCAAAAAUUUCUGUUUGAGCUGUUUGCCCUUGAUUGGGGUAUCAAAUUCACCUGAAAAAGUUUCUUUUUGAGAUCAAAGUCAAGGCUAUAUUUCCAUUCAACCUGCAAAGAUACGAAAGUCAAUUCAUAUCUUAUUAUACCCGCCUCAAAACAAAUGCUUUUCGCUUCUAUUCGCUCCUUGCCACCUACCAGGGGAUUUAUGGCAUGCUGGUCAAUAAGAGCACGCGACUUUGAACCUAGCACGCUGGUGUUUGUUUUGACGCGUAAAUGAAAUACCCAAGACAAGUGAAAAACAAAUGCAGGUGAUUGAAGCAAGUGAACCUCUAAUUGGGUUGAGCAGUUUGCAUAAAACAGUAUCUACCUACUGAAACAUGCAACUGAUUCUUUGAAAAAAAAAUACAAUAGUCUUAAACAACUGUCAGUAUUUACAUCAUCAUAGAUGUUACUUUAUGAGAAAAAAUGAUAGCCUGUUUUUAAUUUAUGAGUUUCAGAUUGUUCAUUGACCAAUAAAAAGGAAUCAAUAAAAUAUGUGCCAAUUGAACAAUUUUAUUGUAUAUAAAACUAAAAUAAUUUCAUCUUACAAUUUUGUAUUAUGUAACAUUUUUCAAACUGUAAGAUAUUAUGAUUCUUCAUAAUGUAAAUGAAAAUAGACAGAAUAUUAUACAACCAACAUAAAAAUCAACACUCCACCAUUAUCCUUAGUCCAUUGACAUGUGAAAGUAGUAGUAUAGAUGUUGUAUAAUGAACAGUCUCCAAAAUGUAGCAGAAAUGUGCUGAGUGUUGCCAUGAAUGACUGCUCAUGAACUUAGCCUAUAGCUAAAUUUUUGUUAUCUACAUUUUUGCAUCAAUAAAGAGUUGUUUUGUA